AUGGAGCAACAACCUCCACCUCCCACCACUACACCAGCACAAGACAACAACGAUGUGGCAUUCAAUACCUUCAUUGGCGUCGUCGUCUCUGUUUGUGGCAACGUCUUAAUCUCGGUUGCUCUCAAUGUCCAAAAGCUUGCACAUAACAAGAUACAAGAAUCCCAAAUGGCAAAGUAUUUUGCAAACAUGGACGAGCCUCCAAGGUGGAUAUCAACUGGACAAUCCAAUUACUCAAGCAGCACUUUCUUUCCUGACGAUGGCUAUUCUUCUCCUCGAUCAUCCGAAGAUCAUCCACGCUCUGAAGAAGAAGAACUCGAGCACCAGAAAUUCAUCAUGGCAAUGGCACAAGAACAAACGCGAGGGGGUGACUCUGAUUACCUAAAGUCAAAGUUAUGGUGGCUCGGUAUAUCCUUAAUGGUGCUUGGUGAAGUGGGCAAUUUUGUCGCUUACGGUUUUGCACCUGCAUCCACCAUUGCGCCCUUGGGGACAACCACACUUGUAUCGAAUGUCAUUUUGGCGCCCUUGAUGUUGAAGGAAGUGUUUCGGAAGCGAGACUUGUUGGGAGUAUGUUUGGCUGUGCUCGGCGCUGCUAUGGUGGUGCUGAGUUCGAACGCACAAGAAACAGCGCUUUCUCCCGAAUUGAUCAUGGAGUCAUUGACACAAACACAAUCCAUUAUUUAUUUUGCCAUCACUGGUAUUGCAAUUGCUGUCCUCAGCGGUCUAUCUCCCAUGUAUGGCUCUCGUAGCAUCAUGAUUGACCUUGGUCUCGUCGCUAUUUAUGGUGGAUACACUGUACUAUGUACCAAGAGCGUUGCAUCAUUACUCAGCUUGACAUUCUUCAAAAUGUUUGCCUAUCCUGUGAGUUACCUACUUAUGGUCACCUUGGUCAUGACAGCGAUUUUGCAAAUCAAAUACUUGAACAAGGCAUUGCAACGAUUCGAUUCGACAGAAGUGAUACCCACCCAAUUUGUGCUUUUCACCAUCUCAGCCAUUAUCGGCAGUGCUGUACUCUACCACGACUUUGAUGAUAUGAGCAUGGACCAAACGUCACGGUUUAUGACCGGUUGUGCAAUUGAAUUUCUUGGCGUAUACCUUAUCACUUCGAAGCGCAACAAGCAGCCACAAGGAUUAUCGAUUCAUGCAGAUGAUACGCUUGUUGAUUUUGAUACGAGUACGACUGCUAGAGAUGAAGGCAUCUAUGUCCCUGAGAAUCAACCCAUUGAUGAAGAGGCAGCAACAACCAAUAGACGAAGUCUUCAUUUUACGGCAGAUCCUACAUACAAUAAUCGACGAUCGAUGCCACCUUCAUCGCAUGAUGCUUUGAAUACCAAUCGUCUCAGUGCCGCAUUUACCACAUCUACACCCACUACCCAUGAAGAUUGGCAUACCCUUACCAACAGUGGCAUUACGGGUGGCAGCAAUACCAAUACCACAAGCAAUAGACGUGAAGGACGUAAACGACGCAGCUCUGUUUUCAGGGGUAUCUCACUUACAUCUCAACUUGUGGAUCGCAUGAAUGAAGAACCCGUGCCAACACCCAGCAACUCCAAACAACCCAUCCAGUUACCACCUUCAUCGCCUACUUGGCAACAAACAUUUGGAUUUCAUCAACAUAGAAGAGGUGAUUCAGCAUUCGGCAACUUGAUAUCAGGAUUGACGGGUACAAGCGCUGCUCCUACAACAACUACAGGCGGUGCUGGUGGUGUUACGAGUAGUAGCAUCAGCCAUUAUCCUAUCACCAAUGCUGGAAGUAGUAGUGGACAUGAUCCUACUUUGGCCAUGGAAACGGAUGCUGACGCUGUUGAAAUUGAAAUUCCCACCGCAUCCACGUUAUCAUCGCAACGUAACAGUGAAGAUGAUCGUGAACUAUUGCCAAUCCAUUCCAGCAAGCGCAACUCGACUCGUCUUGUGGACAUUGAGGAAAACCCAGAAUAUAGAGACCUCAGCUAA